GUUCGGUGCUAUUUUUGGAUUAAAUAUUCAACUGUGCACAAUUCCACAAAAACAAUUUCACGUGUCUUCAUUUCAUCUGUAUUUUGUCUUCAGUAUUCUACCGUCAGCAUACGCUUAAAAAUGACAAUGACAUUAAAAAGCCAAAUCGUCUUGUAAAGUUACCUGGCAACGGGAGAAGAUCACCAAUAUCGAGACGUCCAUGGAAGCUUUACUUACAGAUGAACGUAUGCUGGCCUUGCUGGUUAAAGGAUGAAGGUGACAUGCUGGUUGUGUCUUUUGCUGGCUGUUGUUGGAGAAACGUGUGCAGAUAUUCUGGCCCAGUUGUCAACGUGUAAAAUCUCGUCGGAGCUCCGGGACCGAUGGGUUCUCUCCGACAGUUCCCGGAACAAGCUUCGGAUCCGCCGAAGAAGUGUUGUGUUUAAGGAACCUGGCCGUGUACUGCGUUACAAAUGUCUGGAAUCUAAGGGAAAUAACACUUACCUUCUCAGAUCACGCAAUAUAGAAUACAGAAAAGAUGGCGUCGUUUGUCUUGGGUUCUCUCCCCUGAAACGACCCUCGGCAGCUGAGUUCAAAGUUGUCAGACUUAUAACUGCCUCAACCUUCGGUCACGAAUUAAUGGGACCUAAACUGGUCAAUUCAGGGUCAAAUUUGACCAUAGACAAUACGUGUACCGGAGUCAACCAGCACAUCCGUUUCUUCAUUCAGAGAACCGUCCCCGGAUGCAGAUUUGCUAAGGGUCUCCGGCGGACUUGGUUGACAACAUUGAGAUUUGGCUGGAAUAUGACCUUCACGAAAUCCGACUUCAUAAUGACCUUGUCAAACGGAAGUAGUAUUAGCUUUCGGUGUGAAAAAAGGGACAAAAAUUUCUACCUUGUAAGGUCGAUGUCGCUCCUACCCGGGGGUCAGGACGGAGUCCUGUGUGUGGACAUAUCGCCCCUCCCUGAUGAUCCCUUCUAUAACUACCAAAUCUCUAGAAUGAACGAAGGCGAUGGUCAAACGCUAGAGACGUUCCUGAAAUUCGUUCCACGUGGCAAGGUUAUAUAUCCUUAUAUGGACUGUGAAUGGGUGGAGAGUCCCGCGAGACCGGUGUUUAUUUACCCGACUUAGUGACCGGAAGUGACGUCGAAGAACAACAACCAAUAUAGCAACAUAAAUCUCCAAGAUUACGAGUCAUCUUCAGAAAAUCCUCAAAACUGUACCCAGUAUUGAUGCCCACAAUUUCUCUAAGUAUGAGCUCCUUGGCAAACACUAAGAACUUUACAAGGGUUGAGUAGAUUAAGCAUUUUGGAUCUCCCAUUUUCAUCAGAAAGAUGAAAAGUACGAGCGUGCUUUUCUCGUUCUUAUCACUCCAGGAAAUGUUCUCUUGUGGGGAAAAUAUGCUAUAUUGUGCUGAGCUAACACAUGAUGACAAUGACGUUAAUGAUAUUCUUACCUUGGUGAAACCCUUACAAAAUUGUUGAAGGUGAGUUUGAGAGACACUCAAGUUUGGAGCUUAAUUUGUUUUGAACUUCUGCAUUCAUCUAAUGUAUUGUUUUCGAAUUGCUUCAUUGAGGAUAAUUGUUAGUCAGGGAAGACAAUUCAUUUAUGCGUCAUAGUUGAUAAAUUUUUCUUCAUACACCAGAAAGUAUUCCAUAAACAAUCAUUUAAUGUAGAAACAUAGUUUUUCGAGAAAAAUAAUUUCCUGUAUAAAAGCAGCGAUGAUACAAACAUCUCCUUUUGAAAUAACAUGUCUGAUUGGAAUUUUUCUCGUAUGAAAUUUAAGGCAUGUCCCAUAAGCAUAAUUAAUCUGGUUGCCUUCGUAUACAGUAAAACCUCGUUAUACUGCCAUCAUUUGACUAGCCAGGUCUUGGAGUUAUAAAGAGUUAGCGAUAUGUCAAGGGAGACAAAUACAGAAAUUAUUAAGAAAAACGGGGACGUUAUAAAAGUAGGCUGCAUGCGUAGAUGCAAAUAAUGAGAUGGACAUUAAAGCAAGGUUUCACUAUACCCAAUGAUAGUUCUAAAAAUGACAACAGGAAACUGUUUGCAAUUAAUUCUUUUAUUAUUAUUGAUAUAUUGAAAAUAUUGAUGCACCUUGUAUAUGAAUAUUGAUCACAGAUAUAGGUAAAUAUUAUGCAAAUAUUGAUAAUUCUAUGUAUAGUUACGUUAAUACCGAUCGUUCUUUGUAUAUACAUAUCAAGCAAAUAUUGAUUUAUGUAUAACUAUAUAGAUAUUGAUCGUUUUAAGUAUGUAAAUGAUGUAAUAUGAUACUGAUCGUACUUUGUAUGUAAAUAUUACAAUUAUCAUUAGAAAAUAAAUUGAUGUACAUUCGAUAACCAUAAAUCCUUUUUACAUCGAUUAAAAAAUAAAGUACCAUAUAUUAUAAUUAUUAAAAAAAUAAAUAUGUAAAUGAGUAAAUUUAUAUACAAU